GCUCCCUUCAUUUCUGAAAUGAAAAGGGUAAUUGCUGGUACCAAAAUUCACGUCUCCUUUUCAGUGGAAUUCUCCAGCCAAGCUGGGCGCUAACCGAGCGGGCGGUUUCACUUCAUCCUUACUUCACAAAAGACUUCCAAAAUCAGUGCAGCAGACACGGCAAAAUAAAAAUGUUAACUACAUCCUGGCUGGGAGGGGACUGAAGCCUCCACGCUCAAUCAAAGGUUUACAAUAAUAGGAUUCAUAAAAAAAAAAAAAAAAAAAGACAGAUGGGAUUAGAAAAUGUUGCAGUGAAGACUCUGGAAUGAGAUGAGAUCACAGCACCAGCCUGUCUUUUGUGGACCUGCACAAUGAUCCCCGAGCCAGACUGGAUUAGGAAACCUCACGACUAGGGGUUCAGAGAGAGGCUUCCGGUUCCCGGCACUUUGGGGGAGAGAAGGCUGAGACGAUGCAUCAGAUUUACAGCUGCAGUGAUGAAAAUAUAGAAGUUUUCACCACCGUGAUCCCUUCCAAGGUGUCCAGUCCAGCCAGAAGAAGAGUCAAAAGCUCUCAACACCUCUUGACCAAGAAUGUGGUGAUCGAGUCGGACCUCUACACGCCCCGGCCUCUGGAGCUGCUGCCACACCGCAGCGACCGCCGCGACGGCGAGGGCCGUAGGUCCGGCCGGCUCCACGGCGCGCGGCCGCAGGGACCCCACCUUGCCAAGGCCCCGGCCAGACCCGUGGGGAGUUCGGAACCCAAAUCAUCCAAUCUGUGUGGGAAUCGAGCAUAUGGAAAGUCUUUGAUUCCUCCGGUGGCCCGGAUCUCAGUGAAAGCCCCCAGCGUGCUUGAGGCGGCGGCCACAGCCUCGGAGAAGGGAGCUGUUCUGACGCGAGGAUCUAGACAUCUCAAGAAGAUGACUGAAGAGUAUCCGACCCUGCCCCAGGGAGCAGAAGCCUCCCUACCGCUGACAGGAAGUGCUUCCUGCGGGGUCCCUAGCCUCCUCCGGAAAAUGUGGACAAGGCACAAGAAGAAGUCUGAAUAUGUGGGUGCUACCAACAGUGCCUUUGAGGCUGACUAAAGGUGACUCUCCCCAGGGGCCAUGCAUUGGUCAAAGUUCACUGCAUAUGGGAGAGAAAACUUCAGAUUGGAACUGAGCCACAUUCACCUCUGCUAGUAGCUGGUCCAAACACAUCACCAUUUCUUAUUAACCAAUAGCCCUGGCUUAGGGUACAGGCAAGGGACUCCCCUGGAAGGCAAAAGAAAAGUGUGCCUUCUUAGAACCAAUAAAGUCAUUGGUCUGAAAGUGGCUUUGGGAGAUAGAUAUAAACUCUGUCCUUAUCUUAAAGCAAAAUCGCACCACAAUCAAACUUUCCCAACCCAUUUUAAAGACCUCCAGGGAAGGAAGCAGGCAAUUCCUCAGUCUUCCUUGUGAGUUGUUCUAAUGUAUGUGAUUUCUGUUAAAAAUAUAAGAGCUUGAUGUUUGAGGCCCUUGUAAACACAGUGGUUCCUACUAUUCCUCUUAUCACAUUUAUUUCAUCUUGACAAGGUAUAAUUUCUAAAGACAAAGCACUAUAUAUUUACUUAUAGUUCUACUAUUCAUUUCACAGUAUUCUCAAGAUCAGUAUUGAUCAUUUGGCAUGAUUGCAUGAAUUCUCUAUUCUUUUACGUGCAGCUUUUCUAUAGAGAAACAUGAUUAAAAAUUAAAUGUUGAAUGCUAA